AUGGCCCUCAGAUUCACGACUGGAUGGCGGAGAUUUGUCCCCGUCAUCGGCUACCAUCAUGUGCUCAUGAUAUUCAUCGCAAUUGCCAUCAUCCUACUAUCACUACUACUUGCAGGAUGCUCAUCUACAUCUCCCCUCAUUCCGGACAUUUACCUCAUCUCCCUAUACUACCAUCAAUACGCUCCCAUCUUCAGUACCGUCCAGGUCGACCCUUCAGUCACGACAGCGAUAGCAAAUAUCGUCGGAAAUGCAGACCUCAAUGUGCGAGUGGGAUAUUUUGGUAUUUGUAUCAAGGUGGACGACGGAGCGUGGAUGUGCAACCAAAAUUCAACAUCGUUGGCAGACCUGGUCAGCAUUGAUCAGGAUCCUCUCAACCUGAUAUGGGUUGCCAGCACAUUCAAGAACGCGAUUGUGUUCCCAUAUCUGCUGAUCAUCGCCAUCGUCCUGGCAUUCCUGACGUUCCUCUUGCUGGCGACCUUUCCCGGAUGGCAUACGAGCACCGGCCCCGAUGGGUCUGAACGGGAAGUCCGACCAUUCCCAUCAAGGGCUGUUUCGCAGGUGGCUUUGGCGACUAUCUUCAUUUCAUCAGUCUUUGUCCUGGUGUCGGUGAUGUGGCAACAUACUGCAGCUGUAGCAGCUAGCACCAUUGCACAAGACCUCGGCAAUGGAAGCGUCAAAUCCGGGGUCGGGACGGCGGCAAUGGUCCUGGGCUGGUUCGGCUUUGGACUACUGGUAAUCGUCACGCUUGGGCUACUGGUGAUGAUUUUGAGCAUCCAAUUACUGGAUCGGCUGACGGAUGAGGUAUGA